UUAACGGACAACAUUCAGCGUCCCUGAGCCUGGAGCUUUGGUCCUUGGUUUGUGUACUGAGGUUCGACCUAGGUGGUGACUCUCAAGAUUUGCAAAUGUAGAGGGUCUGGAAUACUGAGGUGCAAGGCACCUCCUGUUUUAGGGACGUGUAUAUUUCCUUCUUGUGACUAAUCCUUUCCACAAAAAAGAUGCAAACGUGCAAGCACACGAUCAACUAAAGUACUCCUGCCCCUCCCCCACUCUAACUCCAGCGUCGCGCAUCUGCCCUCCCCGCGCUCCCGAAGCUAUUCGGGCAGUGUCCGGAGCGCAUCGGAGGGGGCUAGAAUACCGCGUCCGCCUCUUCACCCGCGAUAUCGCCCGGCCUGACGCACGCGUGCUGACGGGGGAGGGGAGAGGGGGAAGCCGCUUCUUCACGCAGCUCGAGGUCCGGGCACCCGGGAGGAGAUGCCGGGCCAGGGUCGGGUGUCCGACUGGACAGAAUGCAGCUCUUCCGCAGAGCCUCCCGCAGUGGCCAGAACUGAGGGUGGCGGCGGCGGAUCACCUGGACUUCCUUAUCAGAAUUCCAAGGGUAUUGAUAGAAUCAAAGACGGAUCCAACACACACAUAGCCAAACUGCAAGAGUUAUGGAAAGCUCCUCAAAUUCAAACAAUUAACAUCCCUAAAUCAAUGGCAGAUGCGUCUUUUCUAAAGCAGCCAGACCUCACCUUAGGCCAGAAGCGUUAUCUGUGCAGCAUUGCUAAGAUCUAUAAUGCGAACUACCUGCGGAUAUUAAUGAAGAAGCAGUAUAUGCACGUGAUCCAGCGCAGCUCACAAAAGCCAGGUAUCCUCACUCAUCACAGGAGCCGCCUCGGUACUCCUUACUCACAGAAGCAGCAUUACCCCUGCACUACAUGGCGACACCAGUUGGAGAGAGUGGAUGCGGCGGCGCCUUCUAACAUUGCAGCUGCACCUGCACCUGAAAUGAUCCUACAACAUUCGCUCUGGCGACCAGUGAGAAACAAAGAAGGUUUGAAAACUGGAUAUGCAUCCAAAACAAGAUGUAAGUCACUGAAAAUUUUUAGAAAACCAGGCAGACUGUUCAUGCAAUCAGUUUCUACAAAUGAUUCUGAAUCGUACAUGAAUGAAGAAAAAAAGGAAGAAGAUUUACUAAAUAAGUGCAUGCAAUCAAUGUCAAUUGAAGAACAAGGAGAACAUGUGAUGUUAACUUGACAAUCUUGUGAGUCAAUGAGGUGCCUAAGGUGGGGGGCUGGGGUUGUGAAUUGUGUCCUCUCUCUACAUUUAGGAUAGUAUUGUUAUUCAACAGUAAGUCAUUAAGUAAUUUUAGUUUGUUCAGAAACUUUUACAGCAGUGUAACUGGUUUGAUGUAGUUCCAUGUACUAAUGAUACUUGUGUAAUAAAAUUUAUGUGUAAUAUUUGCUUGUAUUUCUAGCUAGAUACAAUUAAAACUUUUCUUGUCACUUAAAA